CGGCAGACAGGAAAGGCAAGGGAGGUUGAGGCUGGAGGGACGCCAUGUUGGUCAAGGGCAGUGCUCUGGCCCUUAAGGACUUUUUCAGAAGACAGGAAGGCUCUAGGGUUUCCACAUGUUCCGGAAGCCUUUCUUGGCGUAGCCCUGGAGAGCUUGCCCAUGGCGCCGCCCGUGGCCCGGCUCCCGGCGGGUGUACCCGGGGAGGCCGGGAGCGGGCCGACGAGAGAAAGCAGCCCCGGGGCCGUGAGCUUCGCGGACGUGGCCGUGUACUUCUCCCCCGAGGAGUGGGGCUGUCUGCGGCCCGCGCAGAGGGCCCUAUACCGGGACGUGAUGCGGGAGACCUACGGCCUCCUGGGCGCGCUCGGAUUUUCAGGCCCUAAACCCGCUUUUAUUUCUUGGGUGGAAGGAGAGGUGGAGGCGUGGAGCGCGGAGGCCCAGGAUCCAGAGGGUGAGACCCCAGCAGCUGUCAUCAGAGACAGGGGGAAGAUAACAGGAUCCAGGGAUGAGAGUGAAGAGAAAGAAGAACUGAAGAAGAGUCCAAAGCAAAAAGAGAUGGAGCAUGAGGAAGUGUCUCUCGAGGAGUGGUUACCAUCCAGCAGGCCACCUGGUGCCAAUCACAGAGCCUCCUGCCCAGCGCUCUGCUGGAACUCAGGGCGGAGCCCAGUCAAGCCUUGGUUCAAGGAUACCACGACCCGCAGAUCACCCUACUCUUGCCCAGACUGUGGCCGCAACUUCAGCUACCCCUCCCUCCUGGCCAACCACAAGCGGGUCCACUCUGGGGAGCGGCCCUUCCCCUGUGACCAGUGCCAAGCUCGCUUCUGCCAGCGCAAGUAUCUGCUCCAGCAUCGGGUCAUCCACACGGGCGAAAAGCCCUACUCCUGCCCUGAUUGCGGACGACGUUUCCGCCAGAGGGGUUCCCUGGCCAUCCAUAGACGGACUCACACGGGGGAGAAGCCCUACCCAUGCCCAGACUGCAAAAGCCGCUUCACUUACCCCUACCUGCUAGCCAUCCACCAGCGCAAGCACACAGGCGAGAAGCCCUACAGCUGUCCCAGCUGUGGCCUCCAUUUUGCCUACAGCUCCCUGCUGGCUAUCCACAGGCGCACGCAUACGGGCGAGAAGCCCUACCCCUGCCCAGACUGUGGCCUCCGCUUCACCUACUCAUCUCUCCUCCUCAGUCACCAGCGCGUUCACUCUGACAGCCGGCCCUUCCCCUGUCCACAGUGUGGGAAAGGUUUUAAGCGCAAGUAUGCCUUGGAAGCCCAUCAGUGGAUCCACCGCUCUGGCAAGAGGCCGAGGUGGCGGCGGCCUGCAGUAGGGCUCUCGGAGCCGAUCCUUGUUUUGGGAGGCCAGGAUCCCCCAGUUCAUUUCCGGUACUUUCCAGAUAUAUUUCAAGAAUGUGGGUGAUAGAGCUCACAAGAAAUGUUUUCUUUGGAAGGGAAAAGGCAAAGUUUAUGCAUUUGGGGGAUAAGGAAUGGAAAGGAAGUAGGCAUUGAAGGAAAACAAAGCUCUGAGUUAAGGGAGCACAGAGCUGGUCCUUUGGAAGGAGGCAGGAAUCUGAAAGGCCAUCUGAAGGCUGACCCCAUUUUCUGAGGCUCCUGCUCCCACUUCCAAGUCCCACUUGGGAGUUUCUUCCCAGCAAAUCAUUUACCUACCUGGCUUUUUCCCCCCCUUGGAUUGUUCUCUCCAUUAGAGCAUUCUGCUUUCUGGCCUGUAACUCUCCUGUUCCUCAGAGAUGGGGUCCCCACAUGCAAGAACACACCUUGGGCCUAUCCCCGGUGCGGCGGGGGAGCUCAUCCAAGGAUUCUUUUACCCAGUGCCGAUGAGACAUCUGGCAAGGAGACGCACAUGGUGUCUAGCCACUGUUGGCACUCUUUGGUCUUAAAAUCUUGAAGGUGACCACAGGAAGGAGAACAACGGCUUCAGGUGGGGAACCAUCCUGCCCCAUGCUCACUCUGCACCUAGUGCACAAAAGUGUCAAGCUUAGCAUAAAGGGUUUUUUCCCCCCCUCAAACUUUUAUGAAUUAGUGAUUGCAGUGUUUUUCUCUUCAGAUAUUUGCAUGGCAUCCGGAUUUUACAC